AGGCCGAGGCCCAACUUUGUCUGUGACAGGCUAAUUCUAAUUCUAAAUGCAGGAAAUGACAGUUGAGUUGAAAACGGGGUUGCUAUAGGUGCGAGAUCCCAAAACCGAAAGGUGGAGGACGAGGGAAUCGAAACCAUCUACUAUUUAUCUUCGUUUUCUUCGUCUCCGUUCUUUCUGUUUCCAUUCGUCUUCGUUUCAUCCCUCACAGGAAUCUCGCCAAACCUAAUCGAUCCUUCUACUUUCUUCGCGUUUCCAAUGUAUCGUCCUCGUUCCCUUCCUUCCACCAUGGACGCCAUUUAGAUUCACACUCACAUGCACUUCUCCUCAGCUUCACCCUUUCUGCUUCGAGAUCUGAUCUCAUUCUCAUUCCUUUUGUUUCCAGAAAUAAAAAUUCAUUCCGUUACUGAUUGAUGUGCUAGUUGCAAUUGCACUGUGUGAGCGUCCCUCUGCCGAAUCGGAAGAUGGGAUUAGUGUUUACAAAAUUGUUUUCCUCUAUUUUCGGUAACAAGGAAGCUCGAAUCCUCGUUCUCGGCCUCGACAAUGCCGGGAAAACCACUAUCCUUUAUCGGCUUCAGAUGGGCGAAGUUGUCUCCACCAUUCCAACUAUUGGGUUUAAUGUCGAAACUGUGCAGUAUAACAACAUCAAAUUUCAAGUUUGGGAUUUAGGUGGGCAAACAAGUAUCAGGCCAUAUUGGAGGUGUUAUUUUCCAAAUACUCAGGCAAUAAUAUAUGUUGUUGAUUCAAGUGACGUUGAUAGGCUUGUGAUUGCUAAGGAGGAGUUCCAUGCAAUUCUGGAGGAGGAAGAACUAAAAGGUGCUGUUGUUCUCCUUUUUGCAAACAAACAGGACCUUCCUGGUGCACUUGAUGAUGCUGCAGUGACGGAGGCUCUAGAGUUACACAAGAUAAAAAAUCGUCAAUGGGCUAUUUUUAAAACUUCUGCAAUAAAAGGAGAAGGACUUUUUGAGGGCCUGGACUGGUUGAGCAACACACUCAAAUCUGGGGGUGGCUAAAGCUGUCCAGGUUCAGUGAAAUGAUUGAAUUCAGAAGAAAGGUUGACAUGCGUAUUUUUGGUAUCUCUUUCACUGUGAAUUAUGUUACAAUAAUAGAUUAAAGUUCGCACAUGCGUUUGAUUCCGCUUUGUAUUUACAGUUAAAGGUGUGAAUGAUGGUCAUCGGUUGUCUUUUCGUUA